UCGCUGCAUUAUCCAACCGAUGACAACUAAUGAAAAAACUAACAGCGCACACGUUAAGUGAAAAAGAAUCACAACCGUUGCCUCCAUUUAAUGCUCCCGAUCUGAGCGUAACUCGCAUUCUCCUCCUCUCUUCACCAAUCACCACCAUCGCCGACCUUUUUUAAAACAGAAUGUGCGUUGAGUUGUGGAUCUGAGUUUCCGAGUUUGAGUUGAGUUGAGUUGAGUGCGUGGAAUUGGAUCGGGAAGUAUGGUGUUUUGGGAGGGAUAUGUGAGUGAUGAAGUAAUGGGGACGUUUGCUCCGAUUGUGGUGUAUUGGUUGUACGCCGGGUUUUAUCAAAUGUUGUUACCGGCGUUGGAUAAAUACAGGUUGCAUACGAAGCAAGAGGAGGACGAGAAGAACUCUGUUCCUCUCGCUGUUGUGGUCAAGGGCGUUUUGCUUCAACAGCUUGUUCAAGCUACUGUUGCUCAGGGCCUCUUCUUGUUGACCUCAAAUGUAGAUGCAUCUGGCAUCACAUCUCAGCCAUCCUUGCCUGUCCAACUUGUGCAGAUUGUCAUUGCAAUGUUUGUUAUGGAUACAUGGCAGUACUUUGUGCACCGUUAUAUGCAUCAGAACAAAUAUUUGUACCGCCACAUCCAUUCGCAGCAUCAUAGGCUGGUUGUCCCUUAUGCAAUUGGUGCCCUUUACAAUCACCCUCUCGAGGGUCUCCUGCUUGACACUUUUGGUGGAGCCAUCUCUUUCCUUGCUUCAGGAAUGACUGCACGCACAGCUGUAAUCUUUUUCUGCUUUGCUGUAAUCAAAACUGUUGAUGAUCAUUGUGGACUAUGGUUGCCUGGCAACAUCUUCCAUCUAUUCUUUCAGAACAACACUGCAUAUCAUGACAUCCAUCAUCAACUCCAUGGCACGAAGUACAACUAUUCCCAGCCUUUCUUCAACAUAUGGGAUAAAUUUCUUGGAACUCACAUGCCUUACGAUCUUGUAAAGCGACCUGAAGGUGGAUUUGAGGCGAGGCUAAAGAAAGACUAGGUGCAAUGUGACAAUUUGACUCUACUAUUUCUGGCUCACUUUGAACAGGAAUUUUUUCAGUUAAGAUUGUGCAAUGCUUCAGAAGUUGAUUUAGAAUUGUUUGUUUGAGGCGUCAAAAUCUAGCAUUCUAGCAGGAGGUUAUGGGUUUAUCCAGUUGCUUGACAUAGUUCUCCAAUCUCCAUGCUGUUAUGAUAAUUUCGCAUACCAACCAUGUGAAUUGUAAUUGUGCUGUUUUGACCUGUUUGCUUUGUAAAAUAUAUCUUUUUGUCAUGUAAAAUUUAGUUCCUCAGGUUUGUUGAUAUUGAUGUACCGAGUAAGUAAAGGCACAUGUGCUCAGCAGACUGGAAGUUGUUUGCAGAAUCGGAGAAUCAGGGUCUUUAUUAUAAAUGCUUUUGUGUCCAA